GAUGGCGCAGAAACCCCGUUGACAAGGCACUGCUUUUUCAUGACGUUGUCAUGGAUGAUGAUGAUGACUCGUGUCUCCUUGAUCUUAUUGGAGACCCACAAGCAUUGAACUAUUUUCUACAUGGACCUAGUAAUAAAUCUAGCAAUGAUGACUUGACUAAUGCAGGAUAUUCUGCAGCCAAUUCAAAUUCAAUUUUCGCCAACUCUAGUAAUGCUGAUCCUAAGUCGUCCCUCAAAGGUGUAAGCAACCAGCUUGGAGAAGGGCCCAGUGAUGGACUGCCACUUUCGAGUAGCCUUCAGUUUCUUGAAGAUGAACUUGAGUCUUCUCCUCUUCCUGAUCUCAGUGAGGACCAACCUUUCGACAUUCUUCAGAAAUCCUUGCAGGAGGCCAAUAUCACUGAACAGACAUUGGCAGAAGAGGCAUAUUUGGAUGCCAGUAUAGGUUCAAGCCAACAGUUUGCACAAGCUCAGCUUCAUCCUUCUUCAUCAGCAUCCUUUACUCAGGCUUCUAAUGUUUCUAAUUACUCAGGUCAGACGCUGCAGCCUAUAGGGGUGACUCACGUUCCUGUUGGAGCAUCGUUUGCAAGCAAUACAGUGGGUGUGCAACAUGGCUUUAUGCAACACGUGGGGAUCAGUGUUCCCAGCCAGCAUUUGUCUAAUAACAGUCAGAUUAGUGGUUCUGGUCAAAUACAAUUAAUUGGGUCAUUUGGUAAUCAGCCUUCCAUGAUGACUAUUAAUAACCUAGAUGGAUCUCAAAUCAUAUUAAAGGGCAGUGGGCAGCAGGCCCCAUCAAAUGUGAGUGGAGGGCUUCUGGUUCAUAGACAGACUCCUAAUGGCAACUCCUUGUUUGGGAACUCCAGUUCAAGUCCAGUAGCACAGCCUGUUACCGUUCCAUUUAACAGCACAAAUUUUCAAGCAUCUUUACCUGUGCAUAAUAUCAUCAUACAAAGAGGUCUUGCACCAAAUUCAAAUAAAGUCCCAGUUAAUAUACAGCCAAAGCCUAUCCAGAUGGGUCAGCAAAAUACAUACAAUGUGAACAAUUUGGGAAUUCAGCAGCAUCAUGUACAACAAGGGAUCUCUUUUGCCUCUGCAAGCUCACCCCAGGGUUCAGUAGUUGGUCCACACAUGUCUGUAAACAUUGUAAACCAACAGAACACAAGAAAGCCAGUCACCUCACAGGCAGUGAGCAGCACGGGGGGCAGUAUCGUUAUUCAUUCCCCCAUGGGCCAGCCUCACACACCACAAAGUCAGUUUCUCAUACCUACAAGCCUUGCUGUCAGUUCUAACUCGGUACACCACGUCCAGACCAUAAAUGGGCAACUUCUUCAGACUCAACCCUCUCAGCUCCUUUCUGGCCAAGUGGCCUCAGAGCAUGUCAUGUUGAACAGGAACUCUUCAAACAUGCUCAGGACCAACCAACCAUAUUCUGGACAGAUGCUUAACAACCAGAAUACUGCCGUCCAAUUAGUGUCUGGGCAGACAUUUGCAGCCUCUGGAAGUCCAGUGAUAGUUAAUCAUGCUUCUCCUCAGAUUGUUGGUGGACAAAUGCCCUUGCAGCAGGCAUCACCAACGGUAUUACACCUGUCACCUGGGCAGAGCAGCAUUUCCCAAGGAAGACCUGGCUUCACCGCCAUGCCUUCAGUCACAAGCAUGUCAGGACCUAGUCGAUUCCCUGCUGUCAGCUCAGCCAGCACUGCCCAUCCUAGUCUUGGGUCUGUGGUGCAGUCAGGAUCAAACUUUACGGGAGAUCAGCUGACCCAGCCAAACAGAACUCCAGUACCAGUCAGUGUGUCUCAUCGUCUUCCAGUUUCUUCUUCCAAAUCUCCCAGCACCUUCAGUACCACACCUGGAGCAGGAGCCCAGCAACAGUUCUUCUGUCAGGCUCAGAAAAAAAGUUUGAAUCAGACUUCCCCCAUUUCCACUUCCAAGACCACAGAUGGCCUGAGGCCAGCGCAGAUCCCUGGGCUGUUGAGCACCGCACUGCCAGGACAGGAUUCUGGAAGCAAAGUUUUAUCGGCAUCCUUAGGAACUGCACAACCACAGCAGGAAAAAGUAGUCGGAUCAUCUCCUGGCCCGCCAACUGUGCAGGUGGAUAGCCAUUUGGGAGGACUAAAAAGGCCUGCUGCAAAACAACUAACUAAAGGAGCUUUCAUUCUCCAACAGUUACAGAGGGACCAAGCCCACACUGUGACACCUGACAAAAGUCAAUUCCGAUCACUAAGUGAUGCGGUACAGAGACUGCUCUCCUACCACGUGUGCCAGGGCUCCAUGCCCACUGAGGACGACUUGAGGAAAGUGGACAAUGAAUUUGAAACAGUUGCCACUCAGCUCCUAAAGAGGACCCAAGCUAUGCUUAACAAAUACAGAUGCCUGCUCCUAGAAGAUGCAAUGGGUCUAUUGUAUGGUCCUUACUCUCUUGUUCACUCAUUAAUGUUCUUUUUGUUCCCAUUUCCAGAGGGUUUUCAGGCUGAUUUCUGUUGUUCCUUCAAACUUGAUAAAGCUGCUCACGUGACACAAUUUGGCAGGAAUGACCAGCAUGGCAGUAAAACAGCCAGCUCUCUACAUCUGACGGCCAAGGCCCAAAGCAGAGACCGAGCCAAACCAGGUCUGGCAGAACCAAUGAAUCAUGACCAGUUUCAUCUAGUGCCUAAUCAUAUUGUGGUCUCUGCAGAAGGAAACAUUUCUAAAAAAACAGAAUGUCUCGGCAGAGCACUAAAAUUUGACAAAGUGGGCUUAGUUCAAUACCGGAGGGCAUCUGAAGAGAAGUGCAGCCGGAAAGAUCCCAUGAAGGCCAGCGAGUGCUCUCCCGGCCCUGAAGGGCACCAGAACACCUCGUCCAGACCCGAUCAUGGUACUGAGGGCAAACUCUCAAGUAUCCUAGUAGAUUCUCCCUUGGAGGUGACAUGUAACAAUUCCUUCCAGAACAAAACUAUGAGGAAUUCUCCAAAGAAUGAAGUUUUACACACAGACAUCAUGAAAGGGUCAGGAGACCCCCAGCCAGACCUGCAGCUCACUAAGAGUUUAGAAACCACAUUUAAGAACAUCUUGGAACUCAAAAAGGCUGGGCGGCAGCCCCAGAGUGACCCUGUGGUUAGUGGCUCUGUUGAGUUAGAUUUCCCCAACUUUUCUCCAAUGGCUUCACAGGAAAACUGCCUGGAAAAGUUCAUCCCAGACCACAGUGAAGGUGUUGUAGAAACUGACUCCAUUUUAGAAGCAGCUGUAAAUAGUAUCCUAGAGUGUUAAUAGCAGCAGUCCUUCCCCCACCCACCCCGAAACCCCACCCCAGACAAGUUACAUUCUUUCCUGGCAAAAGCAAAUGGAAACGGUCUCCUGUCUCCAGCCUGCUUGAUCUUUCAUCACAGGUUAUUCUUUCUAAUCUCAAUCCUGUUCUUUGUUUAAGAGCAAUACUUGUCAUGGUUACAGGGAGAUCCUUUAGUAAAAUUAAUCUUUGUUAGAAAGCAGUCUGAUAGGCCCUACACAUUUCAAGUGUUAUGAAAGUGCUUUUUUUUGUAUUCAUUUUUUGUCAUUGUUUAUUUUUUUGUUUUUUUAAACACUGUAACUCAAUGAGAAGACAGUACACUUGGCCCUGGGUAAAAUUUUGACAAUCAUAUGUCAUUUGAAAAGAACAGACUUACUAAAGAAAAUCAAACAGAACUGAUAGAAGCUACUUUUUAAGGAAUAUCUCACUGCAUCUCCAAUUUUAAUUUUGUUUUGUUAUUUUGGGGUGUUUUUUGAGGGGCGUUGUUGGGGAGAAGACCACAUGGCUCUUCCCCCCUCAGCCAUCUCUGAGCAGUAAGUUGCCAGCUGCUCUGCCAGGGACCCCAAGCCCUGGUGUAAAAGCCAGUAGCACAUAAGCAGGGCAUUUGCAGGGCUUCCCUAUUGACUGUUGAAGUGCUUUUCUGAUGCUCCUGGAGCAAAACCUCGUGCUUUUCAGCGUAUCUGUGUUCGAUUUCAUCUAGGGAAUGCUCUGUUCUUAGUUCCAACAGCAUGACUUGAAAUAAUUUCACCAGGCUACAAAAAGGAAAAUGGAAACCAGUUAAGUGGCACAGUGUACAGGGGAGGCCGGGAUAGAGCGAUGAGGAUUAUAAUAUGUAUAUAUGUAAAAGCAUAUAUAUGUUAACUAUUGAGAAAAAACAAGAGUUUUGCAUUUUAUAAUUGGAAAUAUUCAACAUA